GAAAAAGAGGAGAAAAGAGAGGAAGCAGGAGGAGAGGAGAGGAGGGAUUUACGUUCCGAGAAGUUUGACACGAACGCACGGCGCAGAGCGGCGACCAGCGGGCUGCUCUCUGAACUUUCUCACGUUCCUGGAAGAAGCAUCAAAGCUCCGCCGCGGAUCGGUCUCCUCCGCCGGCAGCAGCUUCAUGCCUGCGCCGCCCGGAGCUCCGCCCGCACGGAAGCUGUUGUUGACGCGGAGUUUGGCUCGGCGGGUCCCGCUUCGGCAGCCGGGAGUCGCCGCCGCGGUCAGCGCGUCCGUCCGCCUGCCUGCUGCGCUGUGCUCGCCGGGCGCAGGGAGCCUCCGUGGCGCGGGGCAGAGUUGGUAGCUCACCGGAGCCGCUGCUUUAUCCAGGGUCUCACUUUGACCCGGUUCGGCGGCUGUCGCCAGUUUGACACCGAGUUUAGUUCGGAGGUUCGUCGCUCGGAGGAACUUGGUGUCGUCGUGGAGGGAUUUUCUUCGACUUGAAGCGGCGACAGCGGGGCUUUAAACAAAUCAAUACAGCCCGUCCUGUGUGGGGAGAGUACUAACGGACGACGAGCCCGGGCCGGGGCCGAAUCGAACCGAACCAUGCCAGUGAGAAAGAAAGACGCUCAGCGAGCCCUGGUGCUGCUGGAGGAGUACCGGGCCAAGCUGAACCACGUGGAGGACCGGCAGCUCCGACACUCCAUCCAGAGGGUCAUCGACAUCUUCCAGAGCAACCUGUUCCAGGCGCUCAUAGAUAUCCAGGAAUUUUACGAAGUGACCUUAUUGGACAGCCAGAGGUGGGCGGAGUCUUCCAAGGGGGCGGACCCCGUGGCACCCGUCAACCUGUGGGACUUCUCCAGCCUUCAAAGCACAACGGUGACCUCGGACACUCUGCCCAGCCUUAGCACCAGCAUCGAGGACUCCCCCCUCCUAAAUGAAAUCCUGCACACGUUGGCCCAGGCCAAGCGCCGGCCCGGCCUCCAUCCUCAAAAGUACAGGCACCACGAUGAGGACUCGUCCCCCCAGGACCAGAGCUCCCCCCAGCUGACGGAGGAGGCCGGCGGUCCGGAGCUGGUCCAGGUAGCCGAGAAGAACCUUUCCCAGAUCGAGAAUGUCCACGGAUACGUCACCCACGCUCACAUCUCACCUAUGAAGGUAGCAGCUCUGGAAUGCAUCUUUGACGGUUCCUCAGCGUUAGGACAGCACCACCCGGAGCUCCCCUCCCCUACGCCCUCCACCCUCUACCCCCAUGGAGAGGACAGCCCCGUCCCCUCCUGCUCCUCCAACCCCUACCCCCCGAUCCAGGCCGAGGCUCCUCCCUCCUCCUCUCCAUUAAUCCCCGUGAUCCCAAUCCCUCCAAUCCCGGCAGAGACCGCCGUCAUCCCUCCGACGUCACAGGCCAACCCUCCGCCCGUAGUGGUCAACACCGACAGCCUGGACACGCCUCCAUACGUGAACGGGACGGAGGCUGACUAUGAGUACGAGGAGAUCACGCUGGAGAGGGGAAACUCGGGCCUCGGCUUCAGCAUCGCCGGCGGCACCGACAACCCCCACAUCGGUGAAGACCCCAGCAUCUUCAUCACCAAAGUCAUCCCCGGAGGAGCCGCCGCUCAGGACGGACGCCUCAGGGUGAACGACGUCAUCCUGCGGGUCAACGAGGUGGACGUCCGGGACGUGACCCACAGUCGGGCCGUGGAGGCGCUGAAGGAGGCCGGAUCUCUGGUGCGGCUGUACGUCCGCCGGAGGAAACCCGUCUCCGAGAAAGUCAUGGAGAUCAAGCUGGUGAAAGGACCCAAAGGUCUUGGCUUCAGUAUAGCAGGCGGAGUCGGGAACCAGCACAUCCCGGGCGACAACAGCAUCUACGUCACCAAGAUCAUCGAAGGCGGAGCUGCACAUAAAGACGGGAGGCUGCAGAUCGGAGACAAAUUGCUGGCUGUGAACAGUGCUUGCCUGGAGGAGGUGAGCCACGAACACGCCGUCACUGCCUUGAAAAACACUCCAGACGUGGUCUACUUGAAAGUGGCUAAACCCAACAGUGUCUUCAUGAACGACAGCUUCGCCCCGCCCGACCUCACCAACUCGUAUUCGCAGCAUCUGGAGAACCAUAUCAGCCCCCCCAACUUCCUGGGUCAGCCGCUUCCUCCGCCGGCUUCCUCCGGACGCUACUCGCCGACGCCGAAGAGCAUGCUGGGAGACGACGACGUCACGCGAGAGCCCCGUAAGGUGGUGCUGCAUCGAGGAGCGACCGGACUAGGCUUCAACAUCGUGGGCGGAGAAGACGGAGAAGGAAUCUUCAUCUCCUUCAUCCUCGCUGGAGGACCGGCCGACCUCUGUGGAGAGCUGAGGAAGGGAGACCGGCUGGUGUCGGUGAACGGAGUCGACCUCCGUAACGCCACGCAUGAACAGGCGGCCGCCGCCCUGAAGAACGCCGGUCAGACAGUGACCAUCAUCGCCCACUACAGGCCGGAGGAAUACAGUCGGUUCGAGGCGAAGAUUCACGAUCUGAGAGAACAGAUGAUGAACAGCAGCAUCAGUUCAGGAUCCGGGUCUCUGAGGACGAGUCAGAAAAGGUCGCUGUACGUCAGAGCUCUGUUUGACUACGAUAAGACCAGAGACUCCGGUCUGCCCAGUCAGGGCCUCAACUUUAAGUUCGGCGACAUCCUCCACGUGGUGAACGCCUCCGAUGACGAGUGGUGGCAGGCCAGGCAGCUGACGGCUCAGGGGGAGGUGGAGGAGGUGGGGGUCAUCCCCAGCAAGAGGAGAGUGGAGAAGAAGGAAAGAGCGAGAUUAAAGACGGUGAAGUUUAACGCCAAGUCUCGAGAGCGAGGGCAGUCUCUCAAUGACAAGCGUAAAAAGAACCUCUUUUCCCGAAAGUUUCCAUUCUACAAGAGCAAAGAGGCGAGUGAGCAGGAGACCAGCGACGUCGACCAACACGUGACGUCUAACGCCAGCGAUAGUGAGAGUAGCUACCGUGGGCAGGAGGAAUACGUUCUGUCCUACGAACCCGUCGUCCAGCAGGAAGUGAACUACACUCGUCCCGUCAUCAUCCUCGGCCCCAUGAAGGAUCGAAUCAACGACGACCUGAUCUCCGAGUUCCCCGACAAGUUCGGAUCCUGCGUCCCUCAUACGACCCGACCGAAGCGCGACUACGAGGUGGACGGCAGAGAUUAUCACUUCGUGGUCUCCAGAGAACAGAUGGAAAAAGACAUCCAGGACCACAAGUUCAUCGAGGCGGGUCAAUACAACAACCACCUGUAUGGAACCAGCGUCCAGUCGGUCCGAGAGGUGGCUGAGAAGGGGAAACACUGCAUUCUAGACGUAUCAGGAAACGCCAUCAAGCGGCUCCAGCUGGCUCUGCUCCAUCCCAUCGCCAUCUUCAUCAAACCUAAGUCUGUGGAGAACAUCAUGGAGAUGAACAAACGUCUGACGGAGGAGCAGGGAAAGAAAACCUUCGACCGAGCGACCAAGCUGGAGCAGGAGUUCACCGAGCACUUCACAGCCAUCGUUCAGGGCGACACUCUGGAGGAGAUCUACGACCAGGUGAAGCAGAUCAUCGAGGAGCAGUCGGGUCCGUUCAUCUGGGUUCAGUCCAAGGAGAAGUUAUGAAGCUCGGCUCGUCCUUCGUCCUCUUCAUUUCUGAGAGUCGAGCCGCCUCCCCCCCGCCUCCCUUCACUCCCCCGAUCAGCUGAUGGAUCGUCGCUUUUUCUUUGAUUCAGACUCGUCGACGGGUUUAAAGCACACGGGAGGUUCGACACGGUACAACAGCUCCUUAAUGUUUAAGGGAGGAGAACUUGAGAAGGAACGUACGAAGCAGAUUUUAUCUUUUGUUUUUUGGGUUUUUGUUUUUUUUGUGGAUUUUCUUCCCUUUUCUUCGUCUUGUAAGGUCGGCAGAUGGACGGAGUUUCAGCCUCAGGCAGCGUCUGUCGACUCGGAGGAAACGGACACACAAAAAGCAAAACUUUGCACGUUUGAGCUUUAACAGCAUGUCGGUUUAAUCCCCGUUUAUUUCCCAUCAGCCCCUUCACCUCUGAUGUCACAGCUGUUUUCUUCUGUUCUGCGCUUUUCACCGUUUUUCUCUUUUUGUUUUCUACUUGAUUCAUGUUUAGUUUGAUUUUAUUUGUUUGCUCCUCACUGCUGCUGGACGUUCGUCGGGACGCUGGAGGUUCCUGCUCGGCCACCAGAGGGCGCCGCUCGGUGGAUCUGCUGUAAGAGAUUUUUUAAUGACGCAAAAUCAGAUGGUUGAGAUGAAAUCAUUAAAGAUCCAAAAGACUCAUCUGUCUUUUAAAAACUGCUGCUUUCAAUUAAUGAAUUAUAAUUUUGUGAUUUUAUUUUACACAUUUACCUCCAAUUAAUAAUCAACGAAACAGAUUCAAAGACUUUGCAGCAUUAAUUUGUUUCCUGACAAAUAUGUUGCAGCAUUAAUUAGUUUCCUGACAAAUAUGCCAUUAAUUAAUUGCCUUCAUUUUUUAACAUUUCUAACAAACUGACCGUGAGAACUUUAUUUUCUUUGCAACAACUGGAAAAAUCUGACCUUGCAAAGAGAAUAUUAUUGCCUGUUUUCAGUUUAUGUUGAAAAAGAACUACAGACGAGAAUGAAAAAUUAUUUUUAAAAAAAUGUCACCACCAAAGGAAGAGAAACAGCAUCUCAUAAUUACGAGAAAAGAAUGCUUUAACAAAAUGUUAUCUUAUAAUUGCAAUAAAACUCAUUUCACUAUCUCUAAAUUAUUUUGUUACCAAAUAACUAGUUCAAGAAAACACAGUAAAUGAUGACGUUACACAAAUAUUCUUAGAUUAAUUCACAGAAAUAUAGAAUCUAAAGUAAACAUCAUCAUCUUAUGAGAGUUAUUUUUACAAGAGAAUUAUUUUAUUAAAAGUAAAUUAUUUUAUAACCACAGGAGACUCGCGUCAUGAUUUUUGAAAUCUAUUUUUAAAAUGCGAGAACUUUCCCGUAAUUACAAGAAAAAAAUCAGAUAAACCAAAAAAAUAAGUAAAAAUCUGAUUUAUUCGGAAUCUUGAAACUUAAGUUUCCAAAAAAAAAUAAACAGCAAGAAAAUUAGAAAUCUGUGAUCACAAAUCGUUGCAUUGCAGGAAAGUUUUUCAUAAUUACAUUAAAAUACUCUGACAGUUUGAGUCACAAAAAUAUAAUUUCAAGAAAACUUCAUCACGAGAAUUAUUUUGUUACAAGAAAAAUAUUUUAUUACGAGUGAAUUAUCAUAAAACCAUAACAGACUAUCUUCAGAAAAUGUAUUGAAAAAGGAGAAAAAUGUUUUAUAUCUAUUAGAAAAAUUAAGAGAAAAGUAGAGGAAUGAAUUUACCAAAAAGAAUUCUCAGAUUUACAAAAAUAUUCUCAGCUACAAAAAAAUGUCGUAAUUGUGAGAUGUAUAGUCAAGAUUAUUUCACAAAUUUAAGAAAAUGAGCAGGUUUUAACAGUGAAACGGGUUGACUGAAGGUUCAAACAUUUCCAGACGUAUGCUUGUUUUAUUUUUUUGUUUUUUAUACGAAUCGGCGCCCUCCGUGAUGCGAGUUCGAACCCCGCCGGUCGUCUUGGCAACGUCCGCCAGCGUCGUCAGUGUCUUACCACGAAAACGAUGUCGAUCAUGUGAUUCGCUGAACCUGGAGACGAGCUGCCACCUCCAGGUGUCCACAGGUGUGUCCGGAACUCGCAGACGAUUAUUGUACAAUGAGAUUUUGACAGAUAUUUAACCCUCGGUAAACUGCCUAUUUUGUUAUAAUAAAGUCUAUAUUGAACUUUACUUAAGCACUACUACUACGGGAAUUAUUUUCUUUGCAUUGUUAAUCAUAUAUGAAUAGAAAAGUAUAAAGAUAUUUGAAUAUGAAUAUAUAUUUUUUCUUUUUCUUUGAUCACCACCUCCUCUGUCUUUUAAUUUUCUUUUUUAAGCAUAAUAAAAUCUUAACAAGAAAACAA